AAAAUAUUCAAUUCUUUUUUGAAUUGAUCCAUCCCAUCGAAUUGCUUGAAUAGAAGACAUAGAAUUCAUUUUCUUCAUUUUCGUAUUGAUUUCUUCCUUUCUCUUUUUCUUAAGGAGAUCUGUCCAUAAAUCUUCCUUUUUAUUAGAUGAGACAAUCAAUUUGAGCAAAGUGGCUAUCAUAUCGCUACAAUCCUUCCUUCUACGCACUGCCCCACGAAAGACAAGACAUCACAUACAAUCAUGGACAGUGCAUACGCCCAAUCGACCUCUGAGGUCUUAAAGAAUUUCUCCGUAUCCGAAUCUCAAGGUCUCACAGAUGCUCAAGUUAUCGCUUCAAGAGAGAAAUAUGGUCGCAAUGGUAAGCAACACAUCCUUGGCCUGUGUCCUUUGCGCCGCAUCACUUAGAGCUUCCACUAAUCAUAAUACAACAGCCAUCGCAGAAGAGCCUCCAACGCCAAUCUGGGAGCUAAUACUCGAACAAUUCAAAGACCAACUCGUUCUUAUAUUGCUUGGUUCCGCCGCUAUUUCUUUUGUUUUAGCUCUCUUCGAAGACGAGGAAGGCUGGACUGCUUUUGUGGACCCCGCUGUUGUAUGUCUUGACCCUUCCAUGAAGACUGUGUGUCCGUCAUACUAAUGGAUAAAUCUAGAUUCUUACCAUUUUAAUUCUCAAUGCCGUCGUCGGUGUGUCGCAGGAAAGUAGCGCAGAGAAAGCAAUUGCCGCCCUCCAAGAAUAUUCGGCAAAUGAAGCCAAGGUUGUUCGAAAUGGACAUGUCACGAGAGUACGCGCGGAAGAUUUGGUCCCAGGAGAUAUCAUCACAAUUGCUGUCGGAGAUAGAAUCCCUGCAGACUGCAGAGUGCUCGCAAUUCAGAGCAAUAGUUUCUCAGUCGAUCAAGCCAUUCUCACAGGAGAGAGCGAGAGUGUUGGAAAAAGUACCCCGCCUGUCAAGGACUUGAAGUCCGUUAAGCAGGAUCAAGUAAAUAUGCUUUUCUCUGGAACCACAGUCGUAAAUGGACAUGCAACUGCAAUUGUCGUUCUUACUGGAUCUUCUACAGCUAUUGGUGAUAUCCACGAAAGUAUUACGGCACAAAUCUCGGAGCCGACACCUCUCAAGCAAAAACUCAACGAUUUUGGAGAUACUCUGGCAAAGGUCAUUUCAAUCAUCUGUAUCGUUGUCUGGCUUAUCAAUAUUCCUCAUUUCAGCGAUCCUUCCCAUGGAAGUUUUGCUAAAGGUGCGAUCUACUACCUCAAGAUCGCUGUAUCCCUUGGAGUCGCGGCUAUUCCAGAAGGCCUUGCUGUUGUUAUCACUACUUGUUUAGCUCUCGGUACCCGCAAAAUGGCUGCCAAGAAUGCUGUUGUUAGAAGUUUGCCUUCGGUAGAAACUCUAGGUAGCUGCAGCGUGAUUUGCUCGGACAAAACUGGUACCUUGACUACCAACCAAAUGAGUGUCAACAAGCUUGUCUAUAUCAAAGAGGCAGGUUCUGAUCUUGAGGAGUUGGAAGUUGAGGGAACUACUUUCUCUCCCAUUGGCAAUAUUCUUUCCGGUGGUGGUAAAGUGACAGAUGUAGCCACAACGUCAAACACCAUCCUCCAAAUGGCUGAGGUAGCAGCUCUUUGUAACGGGGCAGCACUCGCAUAUGAUACUAAGUCUAAAGUCUAUUCAAACGUUGGAGAACCUACGGAAGGCGCUCUACGUGUCUUGGUAGAGAAAAUUGGAACCUUAGAUCCAGCUUACAAUCAGGCGAAAACCAGCAUCUCUGCUGGUGAAUCUCUUCACCACGCAAGCUCUUGGUACGAAAAAAGAACACCUCUCCUUGCCACUUACGAAUUUUCUCGCGAUAGAAAGAGCAUGUCGGUUCUUGUCAAAAACGGCCAGCAACAAAAACUGCUUGUCAAAGGAGCUCCGGAAAUGAUUAUCAAUCGUUGCACACAUACUUUGGUUGGAUCUAACGGAAAGAGAGUGCCACUUAUACAGUCACUCGAGAAGCUUAUAUUGAAAGAAGUUGUUGAAUAUGGUAAUAGAGGUCUACGUGUCAUCGCACUCGCUAGCGUGGAGAAUGUCGGAUCAAAUCCAUUAUUGAAAUCCGCAAAAACUACUGCCGAAUAUACCCAGCUUGAACAAAACCUGACACUCCUCGGUCUUGUCACGAUGCUUGAUCCCCCUCGCCCAGAGGUAGCAGGGUCCAUUCGAAAAUGUAGGGAAGCUGGAAUUCGAGUCAUUGUCAUUACUGGUGAUAACCGCAACACUGCCGAAGCAAUUUGCAGACAAAUUGGCGUUUUUGGAGAAUACGAAGAUCUUAAAGGCAAGAGCUACACUGGUCGCGAAUUUGAUAAUCUUAGCCAAAGCGAACAAUUGUUCGCUGCCAAGACAGCUUCAUUGUUCUCUCGAGUUGAACCAAGUCACAAAUCCAAGCUCGUAGAUCUACUACAAUCCGCUGGUGAAGUGGUAGCCAUGACUGGUGAUGGUGUCAAUGAUGCCCCUGCUCUCAAGAAAGCCGAUAUUGGUGUUGCUAUGGGUUCUGGAACUGAUGUGUCUAAACUUGCUUCCGACAUGGUUCUUGCCGAUAACAACUUUGCUACGAUUGAGGUUGCAAUUGAGGAAGGUCGAUCUAUAUAUAACAACACUCAACAGUUCAUCCGUUACCUCAUCUCAUCCAAUAUCGGCGAAGUUGUUUCUAUAUUCUUGACAGCAGCAGCCGGUAUGCCGGAAGCUUUAAUUCCAGUUCAACUCUUAUGGGUCAACCUUGUCACCGACGGUCUUCCAGCUACAGCUUUAUCAUUCAAUCCUCCUGAUCACGAUAUCAUGAGGAGACAACCAAGAAAGCGCGAUGAAGCGUUGAUCAGUGGCUGGCUUUUCUUCCGUUACAUGGUGAUUGGUGUCUAUGUCGGUCUUGCUACUGUGGCUGGUUAUGCUUGGUGGUUCAUGUACAACCCUGAAGGACCCCAAAUCACCUUCUGGCAAUUAUCUCACUUCCACCGUUGCUCUUCCCAAUUUCCGGAAAUCGGCUGCCAAAUGUUCUCAAACGAUAUGGCUAAAUCAGCAUCCACAGUCUCCCUUUCAAUCCUUGUCGUCAUCGAAAUGUUCAAUGCCGUAAACGCUCUUUCCUCCAGCGAAUCCCUCCUCACUCUCCCGCUCUGGGAAAACAUGAUGUUGGUUUACGCAAUCGCGCUAUCCAUGGCCCUGCAUUUUGCUCUCCUCUAUACACCUAUCUUGCAAAGUCUCUUCUCCAUUCUUCCGUUGAACUGGAAUGAGUGGCAGGCAGUUCUAUAUAUUAGUGCUCCUGUUAUGUAAGCCUUUCCUAUUAUUUCUGUUUGCCCCCUCCACCCCGGCUUGUAGAGCACGGACUAGUAUCAUAAAAAUGUAAUAUCUUGCUAACCAUCUAUCCAUAGUAUUAUCGACGAAGGUCUCAAAUUCCUAGAAAGACAAUUCUUUAUGCAAAAAUCAGCCAUCAUUGAUCAAAGACCAAAGAAGGAAUAGACGGAUAGAUAGAGCGGUGAAAAAAUAUGGAUUUGGAUUCUGUAGGCAUGGCAUGCCUUGAUUAAGGGACUGAAGGACGAAAAUGAUUCAUGCAUGGUCAGGUGUAAAUUAUUAGAUAUCGGUCAAUAUUUAGAAUGACAUACAUUAUAUGUACGAUACCGUCCGUUCUCACAAGGCGGGUAUCGGACUUGAGAUUAUAUCAAGAAGAAGAAUACAAAAUUUUGGAUGCA